AUGCUUCCACCGGAGGAAAAGGCAAUGGUUUUACCAAACUGGACGUUGACUGCCACUUGGCCACUUUGGGUUCCUCAUCCAGAAAGCAGUAAAGAAAGAGAUCACUGUGCUGGCUGGGAAAUUGGAAUGGGAUUAACGGGAUUUGGAGUGUUUUUCCUGUUCUUUGGAAUGAUUCUCUUUUUUGACAAAGCACUACUGGCUAUUGGAAAUGUUUUAUUUGUGGCUGGCUUGGCCUUUGUAAUUGGUUUAGAAAGAACAUUCAGAUUUUUCUUCCAAAAACAUAAAAUGAAAGCUACAGGAUUUUUUCUGGGUGGUGUAUUUGUAGUCCUUAUUGGUUGGCCUUUGAUAGGCAUGAUCUUCGAAAUUUAUGGAUUCUUUCUCUUGUUCAGGUAAGACAAUCAUUUUAAUUUUUGUUUAGCUUGAAUCUUUUAUUAGUUUUAGAUCAGUCUACUAUAAAAAUGUUUAUCAAAUAUAAAUGAUUGCCUAAAUAAGGGUAAACUGUCUUUUAAAGUAUUUUCAACACAAUAAAAAUCAUUUUAUUGGCAGUCUUUGUUUGAUAUUUUCAUGAACUGAGCAGUGAUCGAAAGAUAGAUCCAGAAUUUUAAUAUGUAAAACCUAAUACUUCAUAAUUCAAAUGGCAGUCCAUUUGAUGGCAAUUUGUUUAUUGUAUGUACAUAGGAAAUUCUGUACCAAAUACACUGUGGGAGAUUUGGGUCAAUAUUUUGAAAUGCCAGUUAGCAGUAAAUAAACAAGAUGCAUUUGAAAAAGUGCGGGUUGGCUGUGAGUGAAUGUGGGGCGGGUCAAAAUUGGGAAUGGGGCUGAUUGCUACGUAACUGUGUACAUGUUUGUUGGGGCAGCUGUCCCAUAUUUUGUACAUUGGAAUAAAGAUUUCUAUAAAUUACCUUAACUAAAAGUAAAUAUUCUAAAUUAAGUUCCACUUCUAAGUCAUAUGGCUCUGCCUUGGAAAGUUUACCAAUUUCAGGAGCCUUAGGAAAGGGCAGGGAAGAUGUUGCACUAAAUGGUCUUGUGGCUUUAACCAUCACUAUAGGUUGUUUUCUUUCUUUGAUGGCAGUAGGAAGACCUCAUUUUCAUAACAUACUACUUUUGAUAUUGUAUUUUAAAGAUAUUUUUCACUAAAGAUUGUCUCCUGAGGUGUUUGGCCAGGAGCUGGGAGGCUAAGGUGCUCAGGUCC